AUGGCUGACAAAAAGGCCCUCAUCGUGGCCCUCUCCGGCUGCUCCUCCAGCGGCAAGACAACCCUCGCCCGCCUCCUCCGCGACAUCUUCCCCAACACUUUCAUCCUGCACGAAGACGACUUUUACAGGCCCGAGACUGAACUCCCCAUGAAACAAGGCCUCCUCGACUGGGACUGUCCCGAAUCCAUCGACAUCCCCGCCAUGGCCUCCGCCCUCUCUUACAUCCGCCAACACGCCGCUUUUCCCCCAACCCUCGACUCCUACCAAGACAAAAACUCCGUCGGCCAAAACCCCAUCCCACAAUCCACAAUCUCCGCCCUCAAAUCAAAAGUAUCCUCCCACCUCUCCGCAACAAACCACCCCCUAACCACCUCCGCCCUCCACCUCUGCUUCCUCGACGGCUUCCUCCUCUACCCGCCCUCCAUGGCCGCCAUCCAGCCCCAUCUCGACGUCAAAGUCUUCCUCCGCGCUUCCUACCAGCAGGCAAAGGCCCGUCGCGAGGCCCGAGACGGCUACGUCACGCUCGAGGGCUUCUGGGCCGAUCCCCCGGGCUACGUCGACAAGAUCGUCUGGCCGAAUUACGUGGCUGAGCAUUCUUGGAUGUUUGAGGCUGGGGAUGUGGAGGGUGAGUAUAAGACUGAUGUGCUUGAGCGGGAGACGAUCAGGGUGCCGGAUGGAGGGCCCUUGGAUGGCGACAUGGAUACGAUUUUGGCGUGGCUGGUAGAUCUGAUACUACAAGAGUUGGACAAGCACGCUUAG